AUGGCAAGUUCCACCGAAGGUCCGCCUUUUGCCCUGCCUAACUGGAAAACGCAAAUGUCGGUGCUGCUGACGCUACCACCGAGGGAAUAUCGUCAGCAGAAGUCCGCAUAUCGUAAUUGGAUCAACUCAAUGGGUCUACGGACGGUGGUCCACAGCCUCUAUGGAGACCUCUUCUCUGGAACUGUGAUUUUCAAACUCUACGAUCUUAUCAAAUCUGGAAGUGUCGAUUGGUUGCGGGUCAAUCGUUUUUUCUCGACUGGCCUGGCCAAAGCCAAUUUUCAGCACCUCGAGAACUGUAACUAUAUGGUCGAAUUGGGUCAACGAGCGGGCUUCAGUCUAGUUGGAGUGGCUGGAUCUGACCUCAAGGAUCGGAAAAUGACACCGAUUCUGGCUUUGCUAUGGCAACUGAUGCGCGCCUACACACUCUCCUUGUUGGUGAAGUUGGCGGAGCGAACGGAGGGGACGGACACGAUGGGCUACCACAGGGCUCGUUCACCCGUCUCCAACAUGCCAAUCAUUUCGGAGCGCGGCAUUAUCGACUGGGUUAAUGGACGUCUGGCCGGGGCUAACAAACCACGUCGCAUCUCCGUGGGUGCCGGAUUCUCCGAUUUUGAGUUAAGAAAUGGCCUUCUGAUCAUUGACCUGCUGGAUGCCAUCAGUCCGGGAUGUGUGGAUUAUAGCGUGGUCAAUAAAGGACUCACCCCUGCAGAGCGCCUUUCCAACGCGCAGUAUGCAGUCACAGUGGCACGGCGUAUCGGAGCCAAGAUAUAUGCAGUCCCGGAGGACAUAACCGAGGUCAAACCCCGUAUGCUAAUGACAGUAUUUGCAUGCAUCAUGGCGAUAGACCUGGAAAAGAAUCAUAAAGUAGUCAUACCAAAGAAAUCAUCGCCCUCGCCAACAAGAAUGAGCUCGGUCACCAUAAAUGAGGUCACGAGAUCACCAUCACCGAGUGGAGAAAAUUGUACCAGCACAAGUCUUUCGAUCUGCCAAAUGGCCUAUCAAGAUAGCCCUAAAAGCGGAUACCAGCGGCUUGUGGAUACGAACACUCUUGCAGAAAAACGUGCAACAAUGAACAGAGUGGAAACACAAAUGUCGACCCUCAGAGUGGAGAGUUAUAUGGUGAAGAACAACCCUCUCACAGUGGAUAUAGGCAAGGUGCAGUAUGCGGAGAAGGGCACGUACUACGACCCACCUCAACGACGCUUUUUCGGAUCACCACCACCACCGCGAUCACGACAUGCAGAACUCUUCUCUUCACCACGUCUCUAUCGUAGUGAACUGACUAAAUCUACCACGGCGCUCGAUCAGAUUGGCAAAUUAAGCUAUACUGGUGGUGGGGAAGCCCCCCAGGACUAUCGACCUGUUGGAAAAGCACUACAGAAAUUCACUAAGGACAAGGGCACCCAAUGCGAGGCCACCACAUGGAAAGCAGGUGUCCCAGAGGUCUGGAAUCGAGACUCCAAGAAGAGCGACAUAUUUGCAGCCUCAUUGCGGGAUGUAGGUGGGAGCAUUCGCACCGCCCCCAAUGGAGUGGGCAGAAAUUCAAGAAUGGAUGGCGUAACCUUACCUCAGAGGAGAGGUUUCGCGGCAGCUUAUGGGGAGUACGCGAGCAAAACGGUCCAGGCGAACCGUCAAGGUGGAUCGGGCAUUCGUCGCGGUGGUGGUGGGCGAGUCUUCAUGGCGGCCGAUAUUCACCACGAUUAUUGA